GUGCGGGAGGCCUUGCACCCUUAUGGGCUCCAGAAGGGCCUGCUCGGUCACGGCCAGACUGCCGCUGGCCUUGACGUUUCAAGACUGGCCUCUCACCUCCUCCCAGAUACAAAGAGUGAGGUAUCUUAGGAUCUCCCAAUGGGGCGGCUUUGCUCUGGGCUCACGUUCCCUGUGAGCUGCCUGAUCCUGGUGUGGGCGGCGGGCUCUGGGAGCGUCAAGGUCCUGCAUGCGCCCAGCUGCUUCUCCGACUACAUCAGCACCUCCGUCUGUCGGUGGAAGAUGGACAGUCCCACCAACUGCAGCGCCGAGCUCCGCCUGAACUACCAUCUGGACUUCACGGGGUCCGAAAACCGCACAUGUGUCCCUGAGGACGGAGAAGGCACGGCGUGCACGUGCAGCAUGCUCACAGAGGACCUGGUCGAUGCGGAUGUGUACCAGCUGCGCCUGUCGGCUGGGACGCAGAUGCUGUGGAGUGGCUCCUUCAGGCCCAACCGGCAUGUGAAACCCAGGGCCCCCGGAAACCUCACAGUGCACCCCAACGCCUCCCACACAUGGCUGCUGAUGUGGAGUAACCCGUACCCGCCUGAUAAUCACCUGCACUCCGAGCUCACCUACAUGGUCAACAUUUCGAACGAGAACGACCCCACGGAUUCCAGAAUCUAUAACGUGACCUACAGGGAGCCCACCUUCCGUGUGGCGGCCAGCACCCUGAAGUCUGGAGCUUCCUACACCGCGCGGGUGAGGGCCUGGGCUCAGAGCUACAACAGCCUCUGGAGUGAGUGGAGCCCCAGCAUCAGGUGGCUUAACCACUAUGAACCCUGGGAACAUCACCUCCAGCUCGGCGUCACCAUCUCCUGCCUUGUCAUCUUGGCCGUCUGCCUGUCCUGCUACUUCAGUGUCAUCAAGAUUAAGAAAGAAUGGUGGGACCAGAUCCCCAACCCCGCCAACAGCCGCCUGGUGGCUAUAGUCAUCCAGGAGCCACAGGUGUCACUGUGGGGGAAGCGGUCCCGAGGCCAGGAGCCAGCCAAGUGCCCACGCUGGAAGACUUGUCUUGCUAAGCUCCUGCCCUGUUUGCUGGAGCACAGACUGGAGGGGGAACAGGACUUCUCCAAGAGUGCCGGAAACAGGCCUGUUCUGGGUGCUGGCAAAGCAGCGUGGGGCCCCGUGGAGGUCAGCAAGACGGUCCUCUGGCCCGAGGACAUCAGUGUGGUGCGAUGCGUGGAGCUCCUGGAGGCGCCCGUGGCGAGCAAGGAGGAGGAGGGGGAGGAGGAGGAGGAGGGGAGCCUCUGCCCUUCGCCCGUGGACAGCAGGGACCCCUUCCAGGAGAGCAGGGAGGGCAUCGCGGCCCGGCUGACAGAAAGCCUCUUCCUGGACCUCCUCGAGGAUCAGGCGGGAUCCUGGCUUCCUCCUCCGGGCGAUGUGGGUACUCAGAUGCCCUGGGCUGCGUUCCCGGCUCCGGGGCCCCAGGAGGCAUCGUCCCAGGGCCACGAGCUGCCUUUCAAGCCCCAGUCCCGACCUCCAGCCACUCCGGCCCAGAGCCUCGGUGGCCUGACUUUCCCAGAGAUGCCUCCUGUCAUCACAGACAACCCCGCCUACCGCAGCUUCGGAACCUGCCCUGACCCAACUCCGGGAGAAGGUGACUCGGACCCCGAGCUGGCUGGGCGCCUGGGGGAGGCGGACCCUGGCAUCGCCCCCGCCCCCGAGCCUUCAGAGCCCGAGCCAGAGACCUGGGAGCACAUCCUGCGCCAGAGUGUCCUUCAGCACAGGGCGGCCCCGGCCCCGGCCCCCAGCAGCGGCUACCGCGAGUGCGUGCACGCCGUGGGGCAGGGAGGCGGCCGGGGCGGAGGGGCGGCGGGGUACAAGGCCUUCUCGAGUCUGCUCUCCAGCGAUGCCGUCUGCCCAGAGACAUCAGGGGGUGAGGCCGGCAGUGGGGAUGGGGGCUACAAGCCCUUCCAGAGCCUCACUCCUGGCUGCCCUGGGGCCCCCGCCCCCACCCCCCUGUUCACCUUCGGACUGGACAUGGAGCCACCUCGCUGCCCUCAGGGCUCACUCCUCCCAGGCAGCUCUGCGGAGCCAGCGGGAAAGGCAGACGGCAGCUGCAGCCUUAAGAGCCUGCUGGCCCCGGAGCUGGACGUAGGCCCCCUCGGGGACGACCUGGCCAGUGGCAUCGUCUAUUCAGCCCUCACCUGCCACCUGUGUGGCCACCUGAAGCAGUGUCACGGCCAGGAGGAGCGUGGCGAGGCCGCUGUGGCCAGCCCCUGCUGCGGCUGCUGCUGCGGGGACAGGUCCUCGCCGCUGGGCAGCCCCCUAAGGGCGCCGGACCCCCUGCCCGCCGGGGUCCCCCUGGAGGCCGGCCUCUCUCCAGCCUCCCUGGUGCCCUUGGCCGUCCUGGAGGAGGGCACGCCCUCCCUGUUCUUGCAGCCUGCCCCGAGCCGUGCCCCCAGCUCAGGCCAGACCCCCAGAAGGCUGGCCGAGCUCUUCCCAGAGCCCACGUGUGUGAUCGCCUCUUAGCAGGGUGCCCUCUUGUCGCUGACGCCUGCAAGCGAAGGCUGGGCCUCGGCCGUGCCUGUGAGGUGCCUCAUCGCCCAGCAGACUUUCCAGAGACUUGGAGAGCCCUGGUCUGAGGUUGGGAGGCCGUCUGCCACGGGGCACAGAGACCGGACAGCACCCCCAGCUCCCAGCCGUGGCCCGGGCUCGCCACAUCCCAUGGGAGUGGGGGCACAGUGGGGAGGCCCCUGCAGGGAUCGAGAAUUCUUGGGGCCUCGGCUUAUGCACAGACCACUGGCCACUCGGUCGGUCCACGUGCUGUCCCCGUCAUGCUCACCCUGUGUGUGCUCUGCGCACCUCGUCACUCUGUGAUUGUGUCUUGCCCCGUUCCGGGCUUAGCUGCUGCUGUCUCACUCGACCCGAGGCUGAGCCUAGAAGCCACCCAAGCCCGCGGGGGGGACGGCUUGGGAGACCUUGGGCAACAGAUGGGACACUGUGGUCCAGGAAGGAUGGUCAUGUGCUCAGUCAGAGCCACCAUUCACUGAGCAGACCUCCCUUAGGGUGACACUGGGGGCGGGACCUGGGUUGAGGAGGGGCGCUAAGUGUGGGUAACGGACACGGUAACGGACACAAAAGGGCACGGAAGAUUGUGAUCACCAAGCCAGGCCUGGCCGCUGUCUGGUCCCCACCCAACCGAUGGGGCGGGGCGGGGGGAGGAGGCCUCCUGUUAAACCCAGGAGCCCCAGAAUGGACACAGCCAGCUCCCUCAAGGCCAGUCCGUGCCCUGUGGAUGCUUUGCCGAUGGCCACAGGGAGGGAGUGGUUCCAGCGCAGUGACUGGCCCACAGGGGUCACCCUAGGGUUGCAUAAUGCUUGUUUGCAUCUCAAAGAUUAUUUUGUCACCUGGUAUUUGUUUUUGCUGAGAAGGGUGGAAUUGGAGGGAGGGCCCGGGCGUGGUGUCUUGUAUAAAUAAAGCCUCUUUAUUACCUUGCCCCGCCCCCUCCACUUAUUAAACAAACAUCCUGGCCACCA